UCGCAGAUCAUUUUUCCUGUUCAACAUUGGUGCAGUACUGGGUAAACGUUGCUUGAAGGAUGGCUCCUGUUCUGCUUCAUGGAAUACUUGAUCUCACCAUUUUUGAAGUCGAUAGGCUUUCUGGUUCAGGCUGCUCCAAGUUUUUUUGCAAGAUACUGGAAAACGUUGAAGAGACUGUUGGAUGUGGAAAAGGAUUCUCUAAAUUGUAUGCUACAAUUGAUUUAGAAGGAACUAAAGUUGGCAGAACUAGAGAGUUGAAGCAUGCACGAUCUGAUCCACAGUGGGACGAAUCUUUCCACAUUUACUGUGCUCACUUGGCUUCAAAUGUUACAUUCUCUAUCAAAGUAAAAGAUCCGAUUGGGUCACAAGUGAUCGGAAGAGCUUAUUUGCCUGUUGUAGAACUUCUUAAUGGCGAAAAAGUAGAUAAAUGGCUCAGAAUCUUGAACAAGAAUCAUAAACCUCUACACAGAGGCUUAAAGAUUCAUGUCAGAGUUCAAUUUCUUGAUGCAACUAAAAGAAGUAGCUGGUCUAAAGGAAUUACAAGUCCAAAUUUUUCAGGUGUACCUUACACAUUCUUUCCUCAAAGAAGUGGUUGCAGAGUUACCCUCUAUCAAGAUGCUCAUGUUCCUGACAAAUUUAACCCAAAGAUCUUUCUUCGGGGAGAUAAGCGCUAUGCACAGCACCGAUGCUGGGAAGAUAUUUUCGAUGCAAUAUGUAAUGCUAAGCACUUUAUUUACAUUACAGGAUGGUCUGUUUUUACUAAAAUCAGUUUGGUGAGGGACUCGAGGAGACCCAAAAAGGGAGGAGAUACGAUUCUAGGGGAGUUACUAAAGAAAAAGGCCGAGGAAGGUGUUAGAGUGCUAAUGCUUGUUUGGGAUGACAAAACUUCCGUCAAGUUACUAAAGAAGGAUGGAGUAAUGGCCACACAUGAUGAAGAUACCAGAAGUUAUUUCCAUAACACGAGAGUUAACUGCGUGUUAUGUCCGCGAAAUCCUGAUAAUUGGAAGAGUAUUAAACAAGGUCUUGAGAUUUCUACAGUAUUCACUCAUCAUCAGAAGACUGUGAUUGUGGAUAGUGGAUUGCCAAAUGGAGAAUUAGAAAAGAGGAGAAUUAUAAGUUUCAUUGGUGGUAUUGAUCUGUGUGAUGGAAGAUAUGAUACUCAAUUUCACUCCAUCUUCAGGACUUUAGAUUCAGCGCAUAGAAAUGACUUUCAUCAGCCUAGUUUCUCGAACGCAUCGAUUGCUAAGGGAGGACCAAGGGAGCCUUGGCAUGACAUUCAUUGCCGGUUAGAUGGACCUGUUGCUUGGGAUGUAUUAACCAAUUUUGAGCAGAGGUGGAGAAAGCAAGGUGGGAAAGAAGAAUUGCUUCUUCAAGUAAGAGAACUUAAUGACAUUUUCGUACCUCAGUCUCUUGCUAUGUUUCCUGAAGACAAUGAGACAUGGAAUGUUCAGUUGUUCCGAUCUAUUGAUGGGGGCUCUACAUAUGGCUUUCCUGAUGAUCCUGAAGCCGCAGCUAGAGUUGGUCUUAUCAAUUGGAAGGAUAAUAUUAUUGACAGAAGCAUUCAGGAUGCUUAUAUCAAUGCCAUUCGGCGGGCAAAGAAUUUUAUUUAUAUUGAAAAUCAAUACUUUCUUGGAAGCUCAUUUAACUGGAAAUCUAAUGGCACUAAGGUUGAAGAGGUUGGUGCUUUGCAUCUAAUUCCGAAAGAGCUUUCGUUAAAGAUCGUUAACAAGAUUGAAGCUGGAGAAAGAUUUAGUGUGUAUAUUGUCAUCCCAAUGUGGCCAGAAGGUAUACCAGAAAGUGGAUCAGUUCAAGCUAUAUUAAAAUGGCAAAAUAAGACGAUGGAGAUGAUGUAUAGUGGAAUAGCUGAAGCACUUCAGGCCAAGGAGCUUGACUCAAAUCCAAAAGAUUACUUGUCUUUCUUUUGCCUUGGAAAUCGAGAGACAGAGAAGAGUGGGGAGUAUUCACCUCCUGGGAAACCUGAACAUAAUACAGAUUACAGAAGAGCUCAGGAAGCCAGGCGGUUCAUGAUCUAUGUUCAUGCCAAGAUGAUGAUCGUGGAUGAUGAAUACAUAAUAAUCGGAUCCGCCAACAUUAAUCAACGAUCAAUGGAUGGUGCAAGAGAUUCAGAGAUAGCAAUGGGAGCAUAUCAACCAUAUCAUUUGAGUACCAGGCAGGCAGCAAGGGGUCAAAUUCAUGGAUUAAGAAUGUCAUUGUGGUACGAGCACUUAGGCAAGCUUGACGACUCUUUCUAUCAUCCUGAAACCCUGGAAUGUGUACGAAAGGUGAACCAAAUUGCUACCAAGUACUGGGAUCUGUACGCAUCAGAGAAUCUAGAACAUGAUUUGCCAGGCCAUUUGCUUACUUAUCCUAUUGGAGUCGAUAGUAAUGGGAAGAUUACAGAGCUUCCAGGAAUUGAAUUUUUCCCCGACACAAAGGCUAAGAUUUUUGGCUCCAAAUCUGAGUUGCUUCCUUCUAUCAUUACUACUUAAUCGCAAUGUUGCUUAACUCCUGAGCGGGUAGCUAGUUUGGUUGGUCCAAUAUCCAUGAAUGUUGGUAUUCAUGGUUUUAUUUACUUCAUAAAUACAUUGUUUUGUACCAUAUUAAUGUUUUUUUUUUAAAUCAGUUGAUAU